AUGUGGUGGGAAAAAAUAAAACUAGAUAACUGGAGCGUGAAGGCGAUCCGAAGAAAGACAACAGGGACUGGUAGAAUGAGGUACCUUCGCCACGUCGCUGUGAGAUUCAAGUUUAACUUCAGAGAAGGUACCGAGGCAGGUCCAAGAAAGAAGAGAGCUUCGUCAUCGUCUCAAGCUUCGAGCCUCCGAGUUUCCAGCUUCAAGCUUCUGCGCUUUGGGUUGGCUAUGAAUACUAAUAAGACUAGUUUUGGCUUGGAGUUUAGUUUGUACUAG